GAGCUGCCGGCCCUGCCCCGGAAGAUAUAGCGCGGCGCCAACGACCCGCCUUCCUCUUUUCGCUCCGCCUCGGCCGAGGAUACAAUGGGUCGUGUCAUCAGGGGUCAGAGGAAAGGUGCCGGCUCUGUGUUCAGAGCCCACGUGAAACACAGGAAGGGGGCGGCCAAGCUGAGAGCCGUGGACUUUGCCGAGAGGCAUGGCUACAUCAAGGGAAUCGUUAAGGACAUAAUCCACGACCCUGGCCGCGGGGCUCCUCUCGCAAAAGUGGCUUUCCGGGACCCGUACCGGUUUAAGAAGAGGACCGAAUUAUUCAUCGCCGCCGAGGGGAUACACACAGGCCAGUUCGUGUACUGUGGUAAAAAAGCUCAGCUCAACAUCGGCAAUGUCCUCCCUGUCGGCACCAUGCCAGAAGGGACCAUUGUGUGCUGCCUGGAAGAGAAGCCUGGCGACCGUGGCAAGCUGGCUCGUGCUUCUGGAAAUUAUGCCACAGUGAUUUCCCACAACCCUGAAACGAAGAAGACUAGAGUCAAGCUGCCCUCUGGAUCCAAGAAAGUUAUCUCCUCUGCAAACAGAGCUGUUGUUGGUGUUGUUGCUGGUGGAGGCCGUAUAGACAAGCCUAUCCUCAAGGCAGGCCGUGCUUAUCACAAAUACAAGGCAAAGAGGAACUGCUGGCCUCGUGUCCGUGGUGUGGCUAUGAACCCCGUAGAACAUCCCUUCGGUGGCGGUAACCACCAGCACAUCGGGAAACCUUCAACGAUCCGGAGAGAUGCUCCGGCUGGUCGCAAGGUUGGUCUCAUUGCUGCCCGCCGUACUGGACGGCUGCGGGGGACGAAGACGGUGCAGGAGAAAGAGAACUAAUGUCUUGAAUCAUGUUGUGAUUCUGACAAUAAAGACGUAUUCCUAUA